ACUAACUCAAACAAACAACUCCUAACUGUUAACAAAACAAAAAAAAAAACAGAACAGAAUCAGCUUUUCGCAAACUCAAAAGCAAAAGCAAAGAAGAAGAAGAAGAGAGUCCUAAGAACAAUGUCCAUCGCAUUCUCCUUCAUCAAUCCUCCUUCGACCACUUCCCUUUCUUCUUCCAAAUCGAUUCCUUCGUUCUCCUUCUCCACCCUCCGUCUCCCUCUCACUCCCAUUCCCGCUCCCCUCUCCCGCACCCACCGCCGCGCAGAUCCCUUCCUUCUCCGCACCUUUGGCGGCGGCGGAGACGGCCACGGACACGGCGGAUCAUUCGGAGGUCAUGGUGGCGGCGGUGGUCAUGGAGAUGGCCACGAGGAUGGCAAUGGCGGAGAGAACGAGGCGCUUGUGCUCCUGGCGGCGGCGGGGAAGUCGUUGGAGAGCGUGCCGGCUGACUUGGCCACGGCUAUAAAGGAAGGGAAGAUUCCUGCUGCCGUGGUGUCUCGGUUUCUGGAGCUCGAGAAGUCUCCAUUCUUCCGAUGGUUGCUUCAGUUUCCUGGCUUCAAGGAGCGCCUUCUCGCCGAUGAUCUCUUCCUUGCUAAGGUCGCCAUGGAAUGCGGCGUUGGCGUCUUCACCAAGACUGCUGCUGAGUAUGAUCGCAGGAGAGAAAACUUUUUCAAUGAGCUCGAAAUUGUCUUCGCUGAUGUGGUCAUGGCCAUACUCGCAGAUUUCAUGCUGGUUUAUCUUCCUGCACCUACUGUAGCUCUUAGACCACCACUUGCAGGCAGUGCAGGGCCCAUUGCUAAGUUUUUCCACAGCUGCCCAGAUAAUGCAUUUCAGGUUGCUCUCUCUGGAACAUCAUAUUCCAUAUUACAGAGGAUAGGUGCAAUUGUGCGUAAUGGAACUAAGCUUUUUGCAGUUGGAACUGCCUCAUCACUGGUUGGGACAGCUAUGACAAAUGCCUUAAUUAAUGCAAAGAAGGCAGUUGAUAAGUCUGCUGCUGGGGAAAUUGAAAAUGUUCCCAUAUUGUCUACCAGUGCUGCCUAUGGUGUCUAUAUGGCAGUUUCUAGCAACCUCAGGUAUCAAGUACUUGCUGGAAUUAUUGAACAGAGGAUGUUGGAACCUUUGCUGCACCAGCACAAGCUUUUACUUAGUGCAUUUUGCUUUGCUGUGCGGACUGGCAAUACGUAUUUGGGUUCAUUAUUGUGGGUGGAUUAUGCUCGUUGGGUGGGGGUUCAGUAGGCCCAAGACCAAGAUCACAUGAGUUGGAUUUUUCUUGAUUGACUACAUUUUUCUCAAGAUGUUGUUUUGCUUCAGUACUGGACCACCAGACAAUUUAUUUUCCUGCAGGCUAGCAGAAGUUUGGUUGUAGGAAUAGCCCAAUAGGUUAUCGUCCCCUCUAUUUUUGCAUGCUCAUUGCGGAUCACUAUGCGUGUUCUUCAUCUCAAGAGUUUCCUCAUUCAAUUUAUGGCAUGAGGAUGUGGACAUAAUUUAUUUUUUGUUACCAGGACAUAAUUUGAUACUCGAUGAAAACUGAAAAGUUGCAUCUUAUUGCAAGAUAUUAAAGAAACAAGUUUUUGUUACUAAUACAAGUAAUUCUCUACAUUGAACUAUGCCCUCCCCUUAUCUUUUUUCCCUAUAGCAUGAUCUACAGGCUGUGUAUUAUU